CUUAGCCUAGCGGAAUUUCCGAGUCUCUUCUCACCUCAUUUUCGUACGAUGGCUACGGUGUCCACAUCUCGUCGAGCUCGAACUCGUAAUGGCAUGCCGAAGACGUCUACAGUAGACUGCCUUGCAGAUCAACUGGCCUCUGGUCUCAACAUCAACACGAAAGGAAAGGAGAAAGCUCAGACUCCUGUCCUGACCGCGGAGAGGCAGAGAGUCGUCGCCAUGCGCGCUGUCAAUUCCGCCUCUCAGUCACUGGCAUCGAUGGUGGCUUCAGGUUGGAAGCGGUCGACUGGUGAUUCGCCAAGAAAACUCACGGAGGCAAAAUCGGCUGCUACGUCAGCUGCCACUCAUAUAUCAUCUCUGCGAGAGCUCUGCCCAGGGGACAUAGACGUUGAGAGGGCUGCUAUGAGCGUUCUGGGAAAGCUUGUAGCGCUAGAUAUGCAUGAUGUUGCGCUGUUGUCCUUGCCUGGCAUGCACGCAAGUCUAUGCAGGCUUCUGUCUGUGGCGAUUCCAUCAAAGUCAAACUCGUCAGACAAGCUUCAUCUAAUCACCAUGCCAAUUCCUGCAGUGCCUUCCGCUAUCGAACCCGCCCUCUUGACUCUGAUAUCUAAUUAUUUUAUGUAUGCGUUGGUGGUCAUCACAUCCACAUAUUUCCCCCCUCAAAAACCGACCUUACAACCAAACAAACUACCUACUGACUUUCUAACAAAUCUUGCGGACACACUACGAAAUGAAUUCACCCUCAUGUCCUGGAUGCCCUUCUUUCAACAUCUUCCGGCCAAGCACAUCAACUUCAUCCUCACCCGAGUCUAUUCUGUACUCACCAAAUCCAUCCCGGCCGAAGUCAUGCAAACUAACGCACCGUCUGCAUUCUUCAUUCGGAUGCACGCUUUGUGUUGUUUGGCUUAUACGAGCCCCGGUACCGUUGGCAGUCCAGACGUCUUUUGGGAGCAACCCACCAAGUAUGCCUCUGUUUACAUGAAAUCCCUGCUUUCGGAGCAGCCUUCCUCGUCAGAUGUCCACCAACAUGCCACAAAUAUUUUGGUCCUAGCCUUUUCUCACCUAGUCACAAUCGCAGAGACAAAGCAGGUCAGUGCAGAUUUUCUCAAGGGGAAGGGCUUCGUGACCUUCUGUGAAUAUUGGAUAGAACUGGCAAAUCGCACCGGGAAUGUCGCUUUAUUGGAUAAGAUCGUCGGACUCGUUCAUCGUGUAUCGCCGCGACAGGAGGUACCUCAAUCCCAAGGCAGGACGGAAAUACCAGACCCGGGCGAAAAUGAACCGAAACUCUCCCCACUCAAAACGGAUAGGGCCCACUUUUGCGCCACCCUUACGCGUACCACAGCCUUAUUAGAGAAGCCAGAUGAAGGUUCAUUGUGUGACGCCCUGGACAGUACCGUGAUAUUUCUCGACGAGACGGUUAAUGCUUUGCAUCGAUAUCGAGAUAUCUCAUGGAUGGAGGGAAAAGCUGAUCGUGCAUUGGAAAGACUGCGAAGGGCUGCUGUUAAGACAAUCGAAGCCACGCCUAGCAGUUCCGACGCCCAGUUCCAAAAUGGCUCUGAUAUCUAUUCUCUUCUAGAGCGGAUUGCCAAUGUUCUGGAGCAGAUCAUUCGGGUGAAACCGUCGAAAAACUCCUUAACACAAGCGCUUGAUACGUUUUUUGUAUUGUCCCGAUUCCGGUUGGAUGUCUCAAACAUCAGAACCUACGUCCCUGCGCACAACCAUCUGGCGCGAGCGGCAACAUUAGUCGAACUGGGUAAGGGCGGGAUCACUGGCUUUGACGAGGCGAACUUUACACGUUGCGUAUCUGGGGCUUUCCAUAAUGCUGGCGGAACCUUGUAUCAGUCCGAACGGCAUGCUUCUGCAAUCAGCUUUCUCAAGGAUGGUUGUGAGCUUGGCUCGAAGGCUUUGCGCCUUCGAUCACGCCCUGGAUCUGAUGGAGAAGGUGGAUGGACCCAACUGAACAACCAGCUAUAUCGACGAUGGCAGCUGUUGGGCCUCUGCUACGCGAAAAUCGGCAAUCGAAAGCCUGCCCACGAAGCAUUUGUACAAUGCAUAAAAGCAUUCCCUUACCCAGUGUCGGACUUUGUGCAGCGUUCUGGGAGUGUUAGUCUUAGCGCUCUCUUCGACUCUUCACCUGCUGUUAAAGAACUGUGCAGCAUUGUGGACAAGGUUACUUACCAAGCCGUGUGCGAUCUGAUGCUGUUUCAUCCUGAUGUAUCCCUACGGUUCGCCGGGCUCGAUGAUCCAAGUGUCGUCGGGGCACUUCUAGAACGACAGCUGGAAUGUUUGGAACCGUAUCUUGCCAAGAAAUCCGUCCAGACUGUAAUGGCGGGGCUGUUGAAGGAUGCGGCAGAAGUAUAUGCUUCUGCGAGCAUGCCAAUGAGACGCGCCAGAGUCCUUAUUAAGUCUUUAAUAUUCGCAUACCAUGGCGGUCUAGAUAUUGGCAGCGGGCUUGGUACGCCUGAAUCUAUAGUUACUGACAUUCUGGCUCUUGUGAGCGAGUGCCCAGCGAAUGAUGCCGGACUUGCCGUGCAUUCUUCGCAGUAUCGCGCUCUGGCCCAUAUAUGGCAAGCUAUGCAUGUGCAUCGUCGUGCUGAUCCACAGCAAAUGGCUUUAAUUAUGGAACGAUCAAAUGCUGUUUGCGAGAUUUUACGAUCUCACUUGCAAUCAGGAGCUGAAGCCAAGGUGUCCCAGAAGUCAACGCCUAAGCAAUCGUCAGCCAGGAAAGUCACCAAACCAGCAUCUAGUACAAGACGAACGACAGCUAAGAAGACACCGGCAAAGACGCCCACUACGCCUAAGGCUCGUCAACGCAAGGCUCUUGAAGAUGUACCAUUGAACGCAGCAACGCCUGCCUCGACAGCUGGUCAAUCCUCCACUACCAACGUCGUGUUUGAUGACGUGGAGAGACUUUUGGACGGUCUUCAAUCGUUGGUUCACAUUCUUGGUGUACUGUCCCUCCUGGUACCAAGAGUCAAUACCUUGGACGUGAUGCGACGAAUUUCUGAAUGUUCUGUCGGCUCCUCAAGCGAUCGUUAUGUGUGGGCUUCGGCACAGCUAGCUCAUGACUACGUGAGCCUUGGGAAAAUGAAGAGGGCAAACAAAAUCUUCAAUCAAUUGUCUCCAACUGUGCACGCCGGACAGGUCUCUUUCGAUGUGGCGAUCACGUUUCUUCUCCGCUUUGCAGAAGCUAGAGCUACGCUCGAUGACGUAGCACAGAGUUCCGAUCUGUACCAAGCAGCUCUAGACUUGUCGGAUCAUCUGAAAGAGGAUAAGACGUUACCUCCCUUGCAGCGUGUUCAAAGGCGUAUUGUUCGCAUCGAAAAGACAGCUAUGGCUUUUCACGUACACUCACUCGUUCAGUCCCGUAAAGACGACACCGCGACCUCUCUCGAUGGCCUUCUUCAAUCCCUGAGGCAGUGGAAUCGCGCCUUCGAUGCCCUCUCACGUCUUCAACCUCCGUCCUCGAAACCCAAGGCUCAAGACGAAAUAGACCCUUUCACGGAUCCCGGCGCGUCGCGGACUUCCGAGGAGACCAUGUCUAAUCCAGGAAGGAAAGAGUUCUCACGCCGGGAGGCAAUGAAUGAGUUGGGUUGGCGUAUAUCAGAGGGUCUCAUUUUGACACUAUUUGCCCUUUGUGAUGGGUAUGCAAUUCAAGGUUCGGCUCGUGAAGCAGAAUUCUUCGCCCAGCAGGCGGAGGAUCUUGCUCAGUCUUUGAAUGCUCCUGCACUGAUGGCCCGAGCUUUGAUUCGAAAAGCAGAAUUGCAGUUACACCAGGAAAAAAUAGAAGAAGGCCAACAGAGCUUGGCAACCGCUCUUCAGCUGAUGUGUGAUGAUACGGGCAUUGACUUAGCUGACGUGCAUCGACUUCGUGGGCAAUUUAAUCAAGACGAUGCCGAUACCGACUAUCGGAUGGCGGCAAAGAUUUUGGAGCAGCUUGACAAAACUUUCGGACUUUUCGACGGCCUGGCUUUUGGACCCCGAAGAUCCACAGGCACAGAGCUGAUGGUGCCUGGAUUGCUUACGAAACUCUUACGGAACCGAAUUUGGUACCUUCGUGACGAUAAUGGGGAGCAAUCUACAGAUCUACUUGAAAAAUUCAUGUGUUUGUCCUAUAACUCGCAAACAAAGGCGGAGGAAAACAGUUUAAUUGCGAAACUGACCCUCCAUGGUGUUUACAAGCGUUUCCGAGCUGAUAUGUUCUUGAGUUCUCUGACGGAAUCCACGAUAGCCCUACCAUUGGGGACGACGGGUGCCGACAUGCCUACGCUGUCGGGAACAUCGCUGGAGAUCUCGCGAAGUCUUGAAACAGCAGCUCAAUUGUUUUGCGACAACUUGAAGCUCACGGCGCACAAUGGCGAUGUGUCGCAUGUCCGAGAAGCAGCUAUCAAGUUGGCACUUAUCAGGGCCUUCCAGACAUCGUUAGGAAAAUCGGGAACAGAUGGUCCUCUUCUGGUCGCGAAUCUUCUAGACGCUUCCUCUGCCAUAACGCUUCGACGUGAAAUGUACGAGGCCAUCCUCCACAAAUUCUCUUCUGCGGUGUCCUUGGAUGAUUGUCGGUGGCCGCUCUUGUCUGCAGCAAGAACGCCCCAGAUUAGCAGGCCCGUCCUUCGGCAGCUAUCUCUUACCUCGGAAGAGGAAACGGACGAGGCGGGAUCAUCGCUCAAGGGCUAUUGGAAUCAUGUACAACAGCGGUAUCGAUCUCGCCCCGUUGAUAUGCCUGCUUUAUCAACGUGCCAGAUGACAUCGCUACCGGCCACUUGGUCGGUUGUGCACAUGUGCGUAACUGAGGACAAAAGCACGUUGUUCGUUACUCGACAGUAUGGAGGAGAUAUUCGCGAUAGAGACUUGGUUUUCUGCGUUCCACUCAAAGGUCGACGAGACGGCGAAGGGGGCGAGGAGCACCUGACGUUCGAGGAUGCAAUUACCGAAUUCCAGGACAUAAUACAAUCAAGCAACCAGACGACGAAAGAGGCCGUCAAUAUUAAGCCAAAUGACGACGAUGCGAAGUCUAAAUGGUGGAAAGAGCGUGCUGCAUUAGACACUAGGUUACGAGAACUGUUGCAGAACAUCGAGUUUUGCUGGUUGGGGGCUUUCAAGACUAUUCUGAGCCCGCGUCCACGACUUUCCGCUGAGGAGAUUACACAUAUACGCUUCUUGUUCGAUAAAGCCUUCCAGCGAGGACUGCACCUUCAAGACAAGAAGACUAAGCAGAAGGCUAUAGGACACCGGAAGAUCGCUUCCGAUUAUCAAAUGCCUAAUCGGGUAACCCUGGACGAUACCUUAAUGGAAUGUUUCUCUACCCUGUCUCCUCGGUGUCAGGACGAGGAGCUAGAAGAUCUCGUCUACUUUAUGCUCGAUCUGUACCAGUUUCAUGGUGUUUCCGUCGCCAUCGCUGAGAUCGAUGUAACUCAAGUCGUUGUCGAUUUGCGUUCCGCAUUGGAGGAGCACGUUUCUCGGAGGUCUAAAAGGGCGUGUAACGUCCCGGAGCAGGAUGAACACAUUUUCUUGGUCCUUGAUAAGGAUAUUCAAGGCUUGCCUUGGGAAAAUAUUCCUAUCUUACGAGGCCGAAGUGUCAGUCGCAUUCCGAGCGUCGAGUUCCUUUUGGACAGAGUUGAAUUCUCGCGGUGCAGAUCAAUUGGUGACUCGUGUAUAGACAGGGCGAUUGUGGAUCCUCGCAAGGGUUACUAUUUGCUAAACCCCAGCGGAGAUCUUAGCCGCACGGAAGGAAGGUUUGAAGAGUGGACGGAGGACAUGGAAUCUGUGGGUUGGCAGGGUAUCGUUGGACGGCCACCCAGUGAGCAACAGUUCCUGAACGCGUUGCAAGACAGGGACCUUGUUGUGUAUUUUGGUCAUGGCGGUGGGGAACAAUAUGUUCGUUCACAUAGGAUUCGGCAUCUCCCUCGAUGUGCCGCUGUUAUGCUCUGGGGAUGCUCUUCGGGCUUUUUGCGGGAGAUGGGCAACUUUGAUCGCGUUGGGGCCCCUUAUAAUUAUAUGAUUGCUGGGUGCCCAACGUUGGUCGCUAACCUAUGGGACGUGACUGACAGAGAUAUCGAUAAAUUCUCGCAGUCAGUGUUUGAUAAGCUGCGUCUCGAUAGAGACCAUGUACGGGACUGGACGGUCCAGUCGAUGAUGGACGCAGAGAGGACAUCGAUUGUUGCAGCCGUUGCCCAGUCAAGGGAUGUGUGCAAGUUGAAGUAUCUCACUGGAGCAGCACCAGUGGUGUAUGGUAUACCCUUCUACCUGUGAUCUCAAGGAUGCUCUUUAAGAUGUAAUUUAUAUAAUGUCAUUCGCAGACCGGAACAGUGCAUAUUUACUACUUGACCAUUAGACUGUGUAUUGGUUAAAUUAUAGACUUUCCUAUAAGAUGG